CAGCCUAGCAGCGAGGCCGUGGCUCCCGCGCGGCUGGAGUCGCCCCGGUCCGAGUGUGGGGAGGAGCCGCAGCAUCCGAAUCCUGAGUGGAUUGACUUCAGCACCUUUGGAAACCAUUAGUGUAGAGCUUAAAUUUGGGAGAAGGCACUGAUCACUGAGAACUGGACUCCGAUGCCCUGAGCUUCACUGAAAGAGCCAGAGUUGGUGAAAGAGCCAGAGUUGGAUCUGGGAGAGGAAGCAGAUCUUCUGUUAUGGAAACCAUGAUUUAUAGCAAAUUUAUAAGAGGUCUUAGUGUUCUUUAAAAAGCAACGAUGUAGAUUCGAUGGCCAAGAAACAAAAGAGUCUAUGUUCAUUACCUCCAGUGCAAGUGAUUUCAGUGACCCAGUUUACAAAGAGAUUGCUAUUACAAAUGGAUGCAUUAAUAGAAUGAGUAAGGAAGAACUCAGAGCUAAACUUUCAGAAUUCAAGCUUGAAACCAGAGGAGUAAAGGAUGUGCUAAAGAAAAGGCUGAAAAACUAUUACAAGAAGCAGAAGCUCAUGUUGAAAGAGGGCAGUUGUGCUGACAGCUACUACGACUACAUUUGUAUCAUUGAUUUCGAAGCCACUUGUGAAGAGGGCAACCCACCUGAAUUUAUACAUGAAAUAAUUGAAUUUCCUGUGGUUUUACUGAAUACCCAUACCUUAGAAAUAGAAGAUACAUUCCAGCAGUAUGUGAGACCAGAGAUUAACACACAACUUUCUGAUUUCUGCAUCAACCUAACUGGAAUUACUCAGGAUCAGGUAGACAGAGCUGAUACCUUCCCUCAGGUACUAAAAAAAGUAAUUGACUGGAUGAAAUUGAAGGAAUUAGGAACAAAGUAUAAAUAUUGCAUAUUGACAGAUGGUUCGUGGGAUAUGAGUAAGUUCCUGAACAUUCAGUGCCGGCUAAGCAGGCUCAAAUAUCCUCCUUUUGCUAAAAAGUGGAUCAAUAUUCGAAAGUCGUAUGGAAACUUUUACAAGGUUCCUAGAAGCCAAACCAAAUUGACAAUAAUGCUUGAAAAGCUAGGAAUGGAUUAUGAUGGGCGGCCUCACAGUGGUCUUGACGACUCUAAGAACAUUGCCCGAAUAGCAGUUCGAAUGCUUCAAGAUGGAUGUGAACUCCGAAUUAAUGAGAAAAUGCACGCAGGACAGCUAAUGAGUGUGUCUUCUUCGUUACCAAUAGAGGGCACUCCAGCUCCACAAAUGCCGCAUUCUAGAAAAUAACAGCAUUUUUGCCCUUUGCCCACAGAUCAUUCACUCUAACUGGAGUUGCUACAAAGGGGUAGCAGGUGAAUACUCAUUGAAUUAGUCCUGUGGUGCAAUAUUUACAGUCUUACUACAGUUAUAUAUAAAUGUGUGUGAACAGAUUCUGUGGGGAGGGCAUAUUGAAUUUUUUGUCACCAGCACUUUUGAUAUGAGCAGUAUUUGUUACACAGUAACAGUUCCUGCUUAGAAUUGACUUUUUUAAUUUAAGGUGUCCAAGACGUGUUCCUUUUGGUUUUAAAAUGCAAAGGCUUACUGGCGCUCUCCUUGAAUGUAGUAUCUUACUGAUGUUAAGAUAUAUAAUGUAUUUCUACAUUAACAUCAUUAGAUCAAGUCAUUUCUUACAGUGCAGGAAAGAUUGGAAAGCCUUAUCUAGGCUUUGGGUUUUAAGACUAUCACAGUCCUUUUGACUUUUGAAUUCUGUAUGUGAAGUUCAGCUGUGCAUGGUGAAUUUCAUAAAGUACUUGGUACACA